AUGGCAUUUCUUCCAAAAGAAGCAACGACGCUAAAAGGGGGAUGUUUUUGCAAAGCAAUUAGGUAUACCAUCGACAUCCCAUCCAUCGAGGAUCGCCAGCUUGUUCCUGAUGCGCUUCCUACCACUAUUUCACAUGAUCCCACAAGUGCCGUAUCAACUCGAUUUCCUCUGGUUAGUUUGGAUCACUGCGAAUCUUGUCGGCGCACUAGCGGUGGAAUUGUUCAAUGCUGGGCUAUAUGCCCAGCAGAUUGGAUUCAUUGGAGGUUCCUCCUCCGUGACCAGGACGAUGAAAUUAUUUCUGGCCAGGAAACCGUGUCGAAUUUUAAACACGACGAGAACGUCGAGGAAAAUCCUCACAUCACUCUAUCUACCCUGGAUGCUGUGACACCACGAACGCCUAAAAAGGGGGCUAUAAAAAGGGAUACCUCUAACCCCUCCUUGUCACUGACAGCACACACGUAUAUAACACACGUGAAUUCGUCCCCGGAUGCUUACCGCUCGUUUUGCGCACGUUGUGGGACGAACUUGACGUUCUUUUACGACCGGCCAGAAUCAAGCCUGAUGCCGCCUAUCGUUGACAUCACCGUUGGAAGUCUUGAUCCGGAAAGUCUUGAGAAAAUUCGCCCAGACCGUCAUGGAUGGUGGGAUGAUGGGACCGAAUGGGUUAAAAAGUUGCUGCGAGAGGGAGACGGCGGUGUACUAAUCAGACAUCCUACCGGAAGAAUCAACAAUGCUGUUGAUAGUUGA